AUAAACUUUCUGCCGAGUGCGAGUGUCUCAUCCAGGUGGAGCAAGAACUGUUUCAUCGCUGGAUCACUGGAAAGAAAGACAUAAUAUUGAGUAUUAUUGAGUACAUAAGACAAUAGAGCAAACAUAGGUAAAUAGAUAGAUAGAUGAACAUAGAUAUUACUGAGGAAAGAAGACAUAUUGAGUAUUACUGCAUACAGAAGUCAAUAGAGCUAAUAUUAUAUAGAUAGCUAGAUAAGUAUAUAUAUUACUCAGCAUUGAGUAUUAGUGAGCAAAGAAUAGAGAUAUUGAGAGAUGUCCAAAAAAAGAGGACUGAGCGCUGAUGAGAAGAAAAUCAGGAUGUUGGAGAUAUUCCAUAAAAGCAAGGACUUUUUUCAACUAAAGGAAUUAGAGAAAAUAGCUCCCAAAGAGAAAGGAAUAACUAUGCAAUCAGUGAAAGAGGUAGUUCAGAGCUUAGUUGAUGAUCACCUGGUUGACUCCGAGAAGAUAGGCACUUCUAUCUAUUUUUGGUCUUUUCCAAGUAAAGCAAAUAAUAACAAGAAAAGGAAGCUUCAAACUCUGCAAAGUGAAGUUGAUGAAACAACCAAGAAAUUGAGAAAAGCUGAAGAUACUUUAACUAAGGAAUCAGUUGGACGGGAACCUAGCGAUGAGAGAACUGAGCUUCUGGCAAUGUUGGAACAACUUACAAAACAAGAAAACAAACUUAAAAAGGAGGUGCAAAAAUAUAGGGACUGUGACCCCGAGUAUAUAGCUCAAGUGAAAACUGAAAUUGAAGACUUGAAAACUGCAGCAAACAGAUGGACGGAAAACAUAUACAUAAUCAAGUCAUACAUCAAAAACACCUUUCAAAUGGAGAAUGAUACCAUUGACCAGAGCUUUGGAAUACCACCAGAUCUAGAUUACAUAGAAGAUUAAUUUAAUACCAUAUUUACUGUAUAAAAAAAAGAUUGUUUCAAAAACAAAAACCUCUUUUCAGCUAUGAAAUUACAAAGUGAUACUUAAUUUGUUCAUUUCCUUUUAUUAAUUGUUUGAUAUUUUCACAGUGGUGUCUUGAGUUUGUGUAUUAUAUUUACGAUAUCUUUAAUUGGAGGAAUUAAAGUUCAUUAGUGUAUAAUUAUUUUUAUUUCAUCAUUCUUUGAUACAAACCAAUCCAAAGAGCAACACUAAGAUGUGAUG